GUCCCAUAUUUUAUCGUUUCAAUUGAGUUGAUCGUAAAUUUUAGUUGAUAUUUUAUAAAUUAAUUAAUUAUUCAAAGAAAGUCGAUUGAAUUUUGAGUUUAUCUUUAUUUCAUCCUCAGACUUGUUGUCGCGGAUUCUCCAGCAGAAUGUUGCAGCCAACGGAUGAUUCCUCUGCUGAAAAUACAAAAUUAUCUCUUCAAGAUAAGCACUUUGAUGUAGUUGUCAACCACGACAAAAAUAUUGCCUUCAACAAUAUAUCAAAUGCAAGUAAAGAUCUUUUAGAAAAAGAAUCCGAGGCCUGUUCGAGGAAAUCACCUGCUAAGGAAGAGUCAAGGUGUCUCCAAAUUGAUGUAAAUUUGGACAAGAGCGAAGAUGAAAAAUUAUACCAUAAACGAAAGAGAACUGAAACUCUGGACAGUGAAAUAGUUGUUAUUGAUAAUAACGAUGACAGUCAAAGUAUAGGGUCUGGAUUGGAUUCUGAUGCAGAAGGUAACGACAGUGACGCAGCUGCUAGCAUAGAUUCUUUAAUGCCUAAGGAAUACGAUCCCAGUAUAGAUGACAGAUUACCAGACACCGUCACUCUUUUGACUACACCAGACGGUGGUAAAUUGUAUCUCAUCGGAACAGCACAUUUUAGCACGGAAAGCCAGGACGAUGUGUCAAAUAUUAUUCAAGCUGUUCAACCUCACAUAGUUAUGGUUGAAUUGUGUAAAGCUCGUGUUCAUAUACUGCAACUGGAUGAGAAAACGAUUCUUCAAGAAGCUGAAAAUCUUACUUUUCAAGUCAUUCGUGAUACAAUACAACAGAACGGGCCAUUCAAUGGCCUUUUGUACAUUCUACUGCUAAACGUGUCCGCUCAUUUAACACGAGAAUUGGGAAUGGCACCGGGUGGCGAAUUCCGUCGAGCAUUUUCCGAGGCAAAGAAAAUUCCAAAUUGUUUGGUACACCUGGGGGAUAGACCAAUAAACAUAACACUGCAACGAGCUUUGAGCUCGCUCGGAUGGUGGCAAACGAUAAAGUUAGGCUGGCAUUUGUUGGCUCAAAAGGAUCCUAUCAGUAAAGAAGAAGUCGAGCGUUGCAAGCGUCGUGACAUGUUGGAAGAAAUGCUGGCCGAAAUGGCCGGUGAAUUUCCAGCCUUUGGUGAAGUUUUCGUCAAAGAACGCGAUCUCUAUCUCACUCAUUCGUUGCAGCUCGCCUGUCUCCCUCAACGAAUAGGGAACAACAGCUGGAAACCAUCGAGAGUUGUUGGUGUUGUUGGUAUCGGUCACAUGCGAGGCAUCAUCGAAAAUUGGGGCAAAGUUCAGCCUUCUGAAAUUUUGCCUAUCAUGAGAAUACCACCGCCAUCAUUGUCAAGUAGAAUACUUCGAAUAACGAUAAAAGCGUCGUUGGUGGGCGCUGUGAUAUAUGUAGGCUACAAAAUCAUUCCACUGCCGUCCGGUUUAUCUCUGCAAUCAAUAAAGUCAUCGGUUGAGGGACUUUUGAAGAUGAAACACAUCUACAGAUAUCAUUUCGAUGGAUCCAAUAAAUUUUUAUUGCUCGUUGUCUAAAAAUAUUCGACGACCGUUGGCCACAACGUGUGAUAAUUUUGUUUUUUUUCUCUUAACUGAACAAGCCUAGAAGUACUGCUCAGGAAGUGGAAAGUGUUAUUUAAUAUUCAGAUUGAAAAUACGGAAAAUUGUUGCAUUCAAACGAUACGAAGGAGAGUACAACUUCGUUUGACAAUCAGUAUUAAAAAACAGUUAAUAAAGUUGUAAUUAAUUUGGUUGGGAUUCAUAUGAUUAUGUGAUGAGAUAAAUUAAGGAGUGCUUCGUGGAAAAUUUCGAAUUAGUAAUUUUUAUCUAUUCAUUUUUAAUGAUAAUACAUUUUUUUAGAAGAUAAGGCACUGAAAAUGAUGUCAUUGAUAUCAAUCAAGAUUAUGUACUAAGAGUUUGUUCUAAAUUCACUGCGAAUACCGCCGGUACAUGGAAUUCCACAUUAGAUUAUACUUAUAUGUAGGAUUCACAGUAAUUUGGCCCAAUAUAUAUCAAGAGAGUAUGGGCCGGAAAUGUAUGCUGGUACCAAAUGUUAAUAAGGAAAUUUUCAACCGGGCAAGGUAAGACGUGCAGCGUAUCCGUACUCAAGAAUGGGCGAAUUUAAUAUACAUUUUUAUUCUGUUUGUUGGUUGUUACUAACCAAAGUUGAUUGAGUUCAUUUAUGAGUUCAAAAUUCUUGCGUUGAGAAAAAUUCAAAAAUUUACCUCGAACUCUGGAUUUUUUUUAUUAACAGAUAAAUUACAGUUGAUUACAUGUAAUCGAAGAAUUGGACACUACAGAUUAAAAUGA